AUGGAGAUUUUGGACUUGAAACUUUUCCUUCCUUCCUUUCUUCUUUCUCCCCUUCAUCAUCCUCUUCAUAAAUUUCAUGACUUGCACUUGGUUGUUGAUAAUCUUUUCGUACUGGAGAAGUUUGACCUGAGGAAGAAUCUGGAUAAUAAAAUUUCUCCCAAUCCCAGGGCUGUAUAUUUUGAAUUUUACUAUAGUCUGAUGACACUUCUUCAAAUUCUUCUAUUUCUUUAGAAGCUUCGAUGUGUUGGAAUGGUGGAAUCUCUCUCAGUGU